AUGGCCGUGACUUCCUUCUCCGAGCCACGUACCUACAAACAGGCAGUGCAACACGAAUGUUGGAGAAACGCCAUGAAUGCUGAAAUCUUGGCUCUGCAAGAAAACAACACAUGGGAACUUACUGAUUUACCAGCUGGAAAGGAACCCAUUGGCUGCAAAUGGGUUUACAAGGUGAAGUUAAAGGCAGACGGCACAUUUGAACGGUGCAAGGCGAGAUUAGUUGCAAAAGGGUAUACUCAACAGCUUGGCAUUGAUUACCUCGAAACCUUUUCUCCGGUGGCUAGACUGACCACCAUUCACAUCUUCAUUAGUGUGGCUGUCUCCAAUUCUUGGCACAUCCAUCAAUUGGAUAUAAAUAAUGUUUUCAUCCAUGGGGAUCUCAAUGAGGAAGUCUAUAUGAUACUACCACCCGGCUUCGACAGUAAGAAGCCGAACCAAGUAUGCAAGCUGUUGAGAUCCUUAUAUGGAUUAAAACAAGCAAGCCGACAAUGGAAUGCCAAGCUAACUUCUGCUCUUCUUCAUGAUGGAUUCAAACAGUCUACUGCUGACCCCUCAUUAUUUACAAAAGGUGAUGAUAUCACAUACUUCAUAGCAUUGCUGGUAUAUGUUGACGACAUAUUGGUUACUAUUGCAAAUAUGGAGCUCAUUCAGAGCCUCAAGAAUAUGCUGGACACUGCCUUCAAAAUCAAAGACUUAGGCUCUCUAGGAUACUUUCUGGGAAUUGAAGUUCACAAAGAAAGAAAUGGUUUGAGCUUAUGUCAACGCAAGUAUGCUCUAGAAAUUCUAGAGGAAGCCGGAUUCUUGGAUAGUAAGCCAUCAACCACACCCAUGGUCCAAGGCAUGAAACUGAUAUCUAAUGAAGGUAAUCAUCUUCUAGAUGCUAGUAUAUAUAGAAGGUUAAUCGGGAGGUUAUUAUAUCUCACUGCCACUCGCCCAGACAUUGCCUUUGCUGUUCAACAACUGAGCCAACAUGUAAAUACCCGUACCGACACACAUCUAACUGCCGCACACAUCGUAUUAAGAUACAUAAAGGGGUCACCAGGGAAAGGGUUGUUCUACACUACAGAUUCUAACUUGCAACUCAAAGCUUUUUCGGAUUCAGACUGGGCAGCAUGCUCAGAAAUCCAAAAAUCAGUAACUGGAUAUUGUGUGUUCCUUGGAUCAUCUCUCAUCUCAUGGCGAGCCAAGAAACAAGCAACGGUCUCCCGGUCGAGCUCUGAAGCGGAGUACCGUGCGUUAGCAUCAACUGUAUGA